AAAACCUGUUUUGUACACACAUCUCUCAAGCCAAGAAUGGGGAAAUAAUUAGCAAUUUUCUUAAACGACUCUAUUGGCGACUUGUUUGUCUCGCUCCGUCUGUGUGUGCAUACACCAAAAUGGCAGAAGACAGUUUUUCUCAAGACAAGUUCAGCUGUUCGGUGUGUUUGGAUCUACUGAAAAAUCCAGUGACCAUUCCAUGUGGACACAGUUACUGUAUGAGCUGUAUUACAGACUACUGGAAUCACGAGGAUCAGACGGGAGUCUACAGAUGUCCUCAAUGCAGACACACAUUCACUCCAAGACCUGCUUUAUAUAAGAAUGUGAUGUUUGCUGAAGCGGUGGAGGAACUGGAGAAGAAAAAACUCCAGACCUCUCCUCCUGAUCACUGUUAUGCUGGACCUGGAGAUGUGGAGUGUGACAUCUGCACCGGGAGAAAAUACAAAGCUGUCAAAUCCUGUCUGGAGUGUCUGAACUCUUACUGUCAAAAUCAUCUUGAUCAACAUGAAAAAUUCUUUCAGGUUAAAAAGCACGAUCUGAUGGAUCCAACUGGACGUCUCCAUGAGAUGAUCUGCGCAAAACAUAGAAAACAUCUGGAAAUCUACUGCAAAACUGACCAGCAAUGCAUUUGUUAUCUAUGUGUGAUGGACGAACAUAAAAAUCAUGAAACUGUAGGAGCUGCAGCAGAGAGGACUGAGAAACAGAGAAUUUUAGGAGCAACACAGAGAAAAGUUCAGCAGAGAAUCCAGGAAAGAGAGAAAGAGAUUCAGGAUCUGAGAGAGACUGUGAGGUCUCAUAAGAGAUCUGCACAGACAGCAGUGGAGGACAGUGAGAAGAUCUUCACUGAGCUGAUCCGCUCCAUUGAGAGACGUCGCUCUGAGGUGACACAGCUGAUCAGAGAUCAGGAAAAGACUGCAGUGAGUCGAGCUGAAGGACUCUUAAAGCAACUGGAGCAGGAGAUGUCUGAUCUGAGGAGAAGAGACACUGAGCUGGAGCAGCUUUCACAAACAGACAAUCACAUCCAUUUCCUGCAGAGUUUUCAGUCUCUCUCUGCAGCUCCUGAAUCUAAAGUCUCACACAACAUUUGUUCUCUUCUCUCUUUUGAUGAUGUGAGAAAAUCUAUUUCUCAACUGAAUGACAAAGUGAAGGAUUUUUGUAGAGACGAGAUAGAAAAGAUUUCUGAUAGAGUGAAAUCUAUCACGAUUAAUUCUGGUGAACCCAAGACCAGGCUGGAGUUUUUGCAAUAUUCCCGUCAGUUCACGCUGGAUUCAUACACAAUGAAUAAAUGUCUCUGGCUCUCUGAUGGAGACAGAGAGGUUACUUACACUGAUUCAGACCAGCAGUAUCCUGAUCAUCCAGACAGAUUUGAUCACUGGCAGCAGGUGUUGUGUAAAGAGAGUGUGACUGGACGCUGUUACUGGGAGGUUGAGUGGAGUGGGGAUGAAGGUGUUCAUGUAUCAGUCUCGUAUAAGAGCAUCAGCAGGAAGGGAAAUGGUUAUGAGAGUGUGUUUGGAUGCAAUAAUCAGUCCUGGAGUUUACUCUGCUCACCCUCCAGGUAUUCAUUUGAGCACAAUAAUAUCUGGACCGAUCUCUCUGUGUACUUCAGUUGCUCUAAAAUAGGAGUGUAUGUGGAUCACAGUGCCGGAUCUCUGUCCUUCUAUAGCGUCUCUGACACAAUGACCCUCAUCCACAGAGUCCAAACUAAAUUCACUCAACCUCUCUAUCCUGGGUUUUAUGUUAAUAAAGGAUCCACAGUAAAAAUGUGUCACCUGACACAAUAACUCAUAAAACUAAUACUGUUAUAUUUAGGGUUGUUCGAUUAGAAAUUACAUCUGAAAAUGGCAAAGUGCUGUAAACAAGUAAUGUAAGAUUGGUUGACUGUUUUCAAUGCAUGGCAUUUUAAGAAUGAUUAUUUAGAAAUUAAAACAAACACAUCAAAUCUGAUUUGCUUGACCUUGAUGUUUAAAUUCUCUAAGCACUUAUUUUACUUAUUUACUCAGAUUAUGUUGUGCGCUUUAGAUUUUUUUCUGGUUCUUUUUGCACGUAUCCAUUUCUGAAUGUAACAUAGUGUGAAAGGGUGUUUUUCUUUAGUUCAAUUUAAAUAUAUAUAAAUACACACACACCACGGACCUGUUGAAUGCUUUAUUCUGAUUGUUGAGAAAUGUUUCAUGGGUGUUAAUUAUUUUUCUGCAAACACCCAACCUGUCAAAUGUCUUAAAAUAACCACCAGAGCAAUGUUUUUGGUAACCAUUGUAUAAGCUGAAUACUU